AUGGGGAGAGAGAAGGUUAACGCGUACCGGAAUCUCUCCGUUGUUUCCGUGGUGGUGCUUGUCUUUCUGAUCAGCUUCGCGCAGCGCGUCGUUUGUGAUGAGGACGCCGAUGGCAGCAAUAGCUACAACAACCCGGCGGCGCAGCAGAUCUUCUCGGAGCUCGUCUUCAACCGCAUUUCCAAUUUCACGUCCAUCUUCAAGGGCGACAUCACAAAAAGCUUCGGUUUCUGCAUAACGGACGUGGAUGCUGAUUGGGACGGGGCAUUCAAUUUCUCCAAGAAAACGGGAUUCAUUACAUCUUGUGCUAAAAAGACUAAAGGAGAUAUCACACAGCGCUUGUGCACAGCAGCAGAAAUAAAGUUCUACUUCAAUGGUUUUUUCACAAGUACAUCAUCAAAGAAAACCAAUUACUUAAAACCUAACAAGAACUGUAAUUUAUCCUCGUGGGUUUCUGGAUGUGAGCCUGGAUGGGCUUGUAGUGCUGGUUCUCAAAAAGUUGACCUCAAGAAUUCAAAGGACAUGCCUGUUAGAACUACUAAUUGUGCGGCUUGUUGUGAGGGUUUCUUCUGCCCCAAUGGUAUUACUUGCAUGAUACCUUGUCCAUUGGGUGCUUACUGCCCACUUGCAAAACUCAAUAAAAAUACUGGUUUCUGUGAUCCAUACCGAUAUCAGCUGCCUCCUGGGAAGCCAAACCAUACUUGUGGUGGAGCAGAUGUUUGGGCUGAUAUCUUGAGUAGCAGUGAGGUAUUCUGUUCAGCAGGAUCAUACUGCCCCUCUACUGUAGAAAAACUUCCUUGCAGUGAAGGACAUUAUUGCAGGACAGGUUCAACAUCUCAGCAACAAUGUUUCCGGAUGGCGACUUGUGAGCCAAAAUCAGCAAAUCAGAAUAUCACAGCAUAUGGUGUCAUGCUUUUUGCCGGGCUAAGCUUCCUGCUUGUCAUUAUAUAUAAUUGCUCUGACCAAGUUCUUGCCACUCGAGAGAAAAGACAAGCAAAAUCCCGGGAAAAGGCAGUUCAAAGUGUAAGAGAAACAGCACAAGCACGCGAAAAAUGGAAAUCAGCAAAAGAUAUUGCUAAGAAGCAUGCAAUUGGAUUGCAAACACAACUAUCCCGUACAUUUUCUCGCAGAAAAUCAUUAAGGCAGCAAGAGAUAAAAGUUCUUGGUCAAGCCAAAUCUGGAUCAAGUGGUGCCUUCCCACCUAUGCCAUUCAGUGCUCCAGGUGCACUUCAGGAGUUGCCUGCAGCAUCAAAAGGAAAGAAAAAGGAAAAAAGCGACCUCUCAAAGAUGAUGAAUGAAAUUGAACAAGACCCGGAUAGCCAUGAAGGCUUCAAUCUGGAGAUUGGAGAUAAAAAUAUCAGAAAGCAAGCACCAAAGGGUAAGCAGUUGCAUACUCAGAGCCAAAUGUUCAGGUAUGCAUAUGGACAAAUUGAGAAGGAAAAGGCUUUACAAGAGCAGAAUAAGAACUUGACCUUCUCUGGAGUUAUUUCAAUGGCUAGCGAUACUGAUAUUAGGAAAAGACCUACAAUUGAGGUUGCUUUUAAAGAUCUAACCCUCACUUUGAAAGGGAAAAACAAACAUCUUUUGAGAUGUGUGACCGGGAAAAUAUUACCUGGCCGAGUUUCAGCAGUUAUGGGCCCUUCUGGAGCUGGAAAGACAACAUUUCUUUCUGCUCUGGCUGGUAAAGCAACUGGGUGCACUAUGGCUGGUAUGAUUCUCGUCAAUGGAAAGAUUGAAUCAAUCCAUUCAUACAAGAAAAUCAUUGGUUUUGUGCCACAAGAUGAUAUUGUGCAUGGAAACUUGACAGUGGAGGAGAACCUUUGGUUUAGUGCAAGAUGCAGACUCUCCGCUGAUCUACCCAAAGCAGAAAAGGUUCUAGUUGUUGAAAGAGUCAUCGAGUCCUUGGGGCUGCAGGCUGUGCGGGAUUCUCUUGUUGGGACAGUGGAGAAGCGAGGAAUCUCUGGUGGCCAAAGGAAACGAGUAAAUGUUGGGCUGGAAAUGGUCAUGGAACCUUCACUUUUGAUUUUGGAUGAACCCACAUCUGGUUUAGACAGUUCAUCUUCUCUGUUACUACUUAGAGCACUUAGACGUGAGGCUCUUGAAGGUGUAAAUAUUUGUAUGGUUGUCCAUCAGCCAAGUUACUCCUUGUUCAGGAUGUUUGAUGAUUUGAUACUUCUAGCUAAAGGUGGUCUUACGGUGUAUCAUGGAUCAGUGAAGAAAGUUGAAGAAUACUUUGCCAGCCUUGGGAUUACGGUCCCUGAGCGUGUUAACCCUCCAGACUACUUCAUUGACAUUCUGGAGGGAAUCAUAAAACCAAGUACAAGCACAGGGGUAAAUGUCAAACAACUUCCUGUUAGAUGGAUGCUUCAUAAUGGAUACCCAGUUCCCAUGGAUAUGCUACAGAGUGCUGAUGGAAUGGCAGCAGCAACUGGUGAAAAUUCUAAUCAUGGAGCAAAUGUUUCUAAUGAUGAAUAUGAUUCCCAGUCUUUUGCUGGAGAAUUUUGGCAGGAUGUGAAGUUUAAUGCUAAGUUACAGACGGACAAUAUACAACAUAAUUUCUUAAAGUCAAAUGACCUAUCCAACAGGAAUACGCCUGGUGCAUUCCAGCAGUACAAAAACUUUCUUGGGAGGGUUGGUAAGCAGCGGCUUCGAGAAGCUAGGCCACAAGCUGUAGAUUUUUUGAUUUUAUUGCUGGCUGGAAUCUGCCUAGGCACACUCGCUAAAGUGAGUGAUGAAACAUUUGGAUCGCUUGGCUAUACAUACACAGUAAUAGCAGUUUCUCUUCUUUGCAAGAUUGCGGCUUUGAGAACGUUUGGAUUGGAUAAGUUGCACUACUGGAGAGAGAGUGCUUCUGGCAUGAGUAGCCUAGCUUACUUUCUUUCGAAGGAUACAAUUGACCAUUUCAAUACAAUCAUCAAGCCUCUGGUUUAUCUCUCUAUGUUCUAUUUCUUCAACAAUCCUAGAUCAUCUGUCACGGAUAAUUACCUUAUUUUGGUUUGUCUGGUUUACUGCGUGACUGGUAUAGCUUAUGCAUUGGCCAUCUUUCUUGAACCUGGGCCAGCACAACUGUGGUCAGUGCUUCUUCCAGUUGUUUUGACUCUCAUUGCAACCCAUAAUAGUAAUAACAAAGUUGUGGAUGUUCUAGCUAACCUGUGCUACACAAAGUGGGCGUUGGAAGCAUUUGUAAUAGCAAAUGCUAAAAGAUAUUCUGGAGUGUGGCUUGUAACGCGCUGUGGUUCGCUCAUGAAGAGUGGCUAUGAUCUCAAUCAUUGGUAUGGUUGUUUGGCCUGCCUCAUCUUUACUGGAAUGCUAAGCCGCGGUGUUGCAUUCUUCUGUAUGGUAACCUUCCAAAAGAAGUAAAAUCUUUUUAUCCAUUCUAUCUGUACAUAAAUGGUAGAAUGCU